CUCCAGAGCUGCAGGAAAACCAGGGAAUGGGUGGGGAAAGGGCAGAGCCGAGCCCCCUGUGGAGACCACCCGAAUUCAUCCCAACUCCCUGCCCCUGUGCUUUGGGGUGAACCCCGAGGGGUCUGUGCUGUGGGAUACGGGAGAGAGCGGGAUCUCACCGGAAGGACGAGGGCUUUUCCCGGGCUGUGGCAGUGCCAGACCCACCCUCCGUGUCCGGGAGGUGUGCCCGCGCUGGCAGGUCGCGCUCCAGCCCAUCCCUGUCCCCGGGAGAGCUGCAGGAAGUGCCGGAGCGCUGCUGACGUGACAGUGCCCCAGCUGUGCCCGUUCCAGGCCGCCCCACACGGAGCUGAAGGAUUUUCCUGCCCCAGGGAGAGCCAUGGCCGAGAAGAUCCUGGUGACGGGCGGCGCUGGGUACAUCGGCAGCCACUGCGUGCUGGAGCUGCUGGAGGCUGGAUACGUCCCCGUGGUCAUUGACAACUUCCACAACGCCAUCCGAGGGUCGGACGCGCUCCCCGAGAGCCUCCGGCGGGUGGAGCAGAUCGCGCACCGGCCCGUCCUCUUCCAGGAGCUGGAUAUCACCGAUGGGGCCGCGCUCCAGGAGCUCUUCAGGAAGCACCAGUUCUCGGCCGUGCUGCACCUUGCGGGGCUGAAGGCAGUGGGGGAGUCGGUGCAGAAGCCUCUGGAAUAUUACAGAGUGAACCUCACCGGGACCAUCCGGCUGCUGGAGACCAUGCAGGCCCACGGCGUGAAGAACAUCGUGUUCAGCAGCUCUGCCACCGUCUACGGGGACCCCAAGUACCUCCCCCUGGACGAGAACCACCCGGUGGGAGGCUGCACCAACCCCUACGGCAAAUCCAAGUUCUUCAUCGAGGAGAUGAUCCGGGAUCUCUGCAAAGCAGAGCGGGACUGGAACGCUGUUCUCCUGCGCUACUUCAACCCCAUCGGUGCCCACGAGUCGGGGAUGAUCGGGGAAGAUCCUCAGGGGAUCCCAAACAACCUCAUGCCCUACGUGGCGCAGGUGGCAGUGGGACGCCGGGAAUUCCUGAGUGUGUUUGGGAACGACUACAAGACAGAUGAUGGAACAGGAGUCAGGGAUUACAUCCACGUCGUGGAUUUGGCCAAAGGCCACGUUGCUGCUCUGAAGAAGCUCAAGGAGAACUGUGGCUGCAAGAUCUACAAUCUGGGCACAGGCACCGGCUACUCCGUCCUGCAGAUGGUCCAGGCCAUGGAAAAAGCCUCGGGGAGGGAGAUCAAGUACAAGGUCACGGCCCGGCGGGAGGGGGACGUGGCCUCCUGCUACGCGGACCCGGCGCUGGCUGAGCGGGAGCUGGGCUGGAAAGCUGCCUUUGGUCUGGACAAGAUGUGUGAGGACCUGUGGCGGUGGCAGCUGCAGAAUCCCAUGGGCUUCAGCAAGAACUGAGCCAUGGCCGAGGGCUGGCCGCGCUCGGGGGCUGCUCCAGGCCAGCCCUUCCUGCCUCCCGCGGCCCCAGCGAGGCCAUCACCGUCCUGGGAGCAGCUCCAGCUCCCCCUCCUGCCUCUGGCACGGAGCAUCCUCAGCCUUCCUCAGCCUCAUCCCCCUCAAGUCCUUUGCAUCUCACAGAGCAGAACCACAAUGGAGAAAAGAGCCAGGGCUUGGUUUGGCUCCCAUGGAACCCCCCAUGGGAAUGUCCAGGGGCUGUGCUUGGCUGGGCCCUGCAGCCACCACUGGAGCUGCUCCUGGGCCCUCCCUGUGCCCUGGGAAGUGGCUGCAUCCAGCACUUGGACACUGUGAGUCCUGCUGAGCC